GGCGUGCGGACUAGUUGGCAAAGUUGAGGGCGGCGACGUCUCGGGGAACAGCUGUUUGCGCUCGGGGCGGAGGCGGCGCGCGAGCUCCUUGGCCACGAGCCAGCGAGCCUAGAAGAAGGGUGGAGGUUCUGGAUCCCAGGGGAAGAGAGAGAGUGAAGUCGGGAUGAUUCGGGAACUUGAGGCGUGAGGUUCCCGUCCUUCGGCUCAGGUCCCGUCGCGCUUUCACCCUUUCUCGGUGACCUCAACCCCUUUAUACCGACCCCACCUCUCAGGAUCCUGGAGUACCGCCCCUGUAGGGGGAGGGGAAGAGGAGGAGAUUUCGAACGCGGAUUGAGUCGUCUGGGCACCCGUAGUUGGGAACCGUGGAACACUGGUCCCGGGGAAAGAGGGAGGUGUCCGGGCUUGGAGGCUCGGGUGGGCCUCGCGGCGGGCCGGGCCUCACCUCGUCCCGCGCGGGGAACACGAGCUCGAGCCGGACCCGGGGGCGGCGCGCGGAGCGGCUGGUCCAGUCAUGGCAGACUACUGGAAGUCGCAACCAAAGAAAUUCUGUGAUUACUGCAAGUGUUGGAUAGCGGACAAUAGGCCUAGUGUUGAAUUUCACGAAAGAGGAAAGAAUCAUAAGGAAAAUGUGGCAAAGAGGAUCAGUGAGAUUAAACAGAAAAGCCUGGAUAAGGCAAAGGAAGAAGAAAAGGCAUCAAAGGAGUUUGCCGCAAUGGAGGCAGCUGCCCUGAAAGCCUACCAAGAGGAUUUGAAAAGACUUGGCUUAGAGUCAGAAAUUUCAGAGCCAAGCAUAUCACCAGUAACAAGUACUGUCCCGCCAACCUCUGCAUCAAAUCAGCAGAAGGAAAAGAAGAAGAGGAAAAAAGACCCUUCAAAGGGAAGAUGGGUAGAAGGCAUAACCUCUGAGGGUUACCAUUACUAUUAUGAUCUCAUCACAGGAGCAUCCCAGUGGGAGAGACCUGAAGGAUUUCAAGGAAACUUAAAAAAGACAGCAGGGAAGACUGUUUGGGUAGAAGGUUUAAGCGAAGAUGGUUAUACCUACUAUUAUAAUACAGAAACAGGAGAAUCCAAAUGGGAAAAACCUGAUGAUUUCAUUCCACAUUCUGGCGACCUGCUUUCUAGUAAAGUCAAUGAAAAGUCACUUGAUACCCUAGAAGAGUCCAAAUCAUCAGAUUCUCAUAGUGAUUCUGAUGGGGAGCAGGAAGCAGAAAAAGGAGAGGCCUCUACAGAAACACAAAAGCCAAAAAUAAAGUUUAAGGAAAAAAAUAAAAGUAGUGACAAAGGAACUGAACCAGAAACACAGAAAGAAAAAACUACCCAAGAGCAAAAUUCAUCAGGUCCAAAUGAAGAAAAAUCCAAAGCUCCUAAAAAAUCAAACCCAUAUGGAGAAUGGCAAGAAAUUAAACAAGAAGUUGAGUCUCAUGAGGAGGUAGAUUUUGAACUUCCAUGCACUGAAAAUGAGUGUGUAUCAACUUCAGAACCUGAUAUUGGUGGACAAUCUAAAAUGGUAUUUAAAGAAAAAACAGUCACUUCUCUUGGAAUCGUGGCAGAUGGAGUGGCCCCAGUCUUUAAAAAGAGAAGAAUUGAAAAUGGAAAAUCUAGAAAUUUAAGGCAACGAGGUGAUGAUCAGUAAUUGCAAAAGAGCUUUUUGUACCUGCUUUUCAGACCGCAUGGAGACUAUACAUCUUGAAGCUCCUCUGUGUUUGUUUAAAUGCUGAAAAUUUAGAUUUAUUCUAAAUGUAUUUUCUGUGAAUCUAAAAUAAAUCUUUUUUCAUGUGAAACUUA